AUCGUUGUCUUGUCGGCCAGCCGGAUAUCUGAAUCACAAGAUCAAUCAAUUGGAAACCCUAAUUCGAGUGCAACGAGCAGGCACGAUCCAAAUCGCUGAUACGAAGAAGCCAUGGGUGGCCACGGUGGUCUGAACAUUCUUCCGCAGAAGCGCUGGAACGUUUACAACUAUGACAACCGAGAGAAAGUUCGCAAGGAUGAGGAGGCCGCCGCUCGGGAGGAGCAUCUUAAGCGGGAUCAAGCCAGGAAGCGGGACGCAGAGCUCCGUCUCGACCGCCUCCGCACCGUCCGUGGCUUGGCUCCUUUGAAGCGACCUUUUCCGGAGGCGCAGAACGGGGAGGAGGAGGAGGAGGAGGAGGAAAAGGCGUCCGCUGAGCCGGUGGAAUCAGAACCCAAGACCGGGCACAUAAAUCUUUUCGAAGGGAUUAAGAUAUUUGAUGUGGUGCAAGUGGCUAAGAAAGAAGAGAACGCCGAGGAGAGGAAAGAAGCCGCUGCUGCAGCGAGAGCGGCGGCGAGGGAAGCGGAGGCGAGGGCGGUUGAUGGGGAUGAUGAGAAGUACAGAAUGGGAUACGGGGUUGCUGGAAAGGGGGUAAAGCUCCCGUGGUACCUCGAGAGGCGCAGCGGUGAAGGCGUCGAUCACGGUGACGACGGUGGGUCGGGAGAAAGUGUUGGGGAUGAUCGUAAGAAGAAGGCUGAGAAGAAGAGCUUGAAGGAGCUGAGGGAAGAGCGGCUGAAAAGGGAAAGGCGUGAGAAGGAGAGGGAGAGAUCUCUUUUCAUGGAACAGAGCCGAAAGAGCGGAGGAUUUUCCCGGAGGUGAGCGACCUCAUUGAAAAUCCGCUGGCGUUUUCCGUUUUCUGCUCCCCGUGACUUGAUUGUUUGUAUAUUUUCACUCAAUAAGAGGUCCACAUGAUCGUAUUUGCAUUCGGGGAUCUCAGACUCCUUGCCUUAAGACAUGGGCACUUUCUAUUCUUUUUCGGAAGUUGUUUUUUUGUUAAUUAGAUUUGUCAGACAACUCAUCUGCUCCAUUCAGUCAGUACCCUCCUCGGCUUCUUUUGAAAGAUGAGUGCACUUCAUUGCGCACUCUUUCUAA